GCAAAAACAAAACUAUCUAUCACACUAUCUUGUCUUUAGGUUUUGUCAUCUUCAUUCCAAGACCUCAAAGUACAGAAGUAAGAGCUUUCAGCCAUGGAAACCCUCCUUCCAAGCCCUGCAAGUUGGAUGGCUGGCGUCUUUGCCUUUUUGAUCUUCUGCUAUUUGUUAUUUACGAGAGUGAUUAAUCGAACAGGCUCGGGCAUGAAGAGAAAAGCUCCGGAAGCUAGCGGUGCAAGGCCUUUUCUAGGCCACCUCCACCUGUUAGGAGGGUCAAAACCAGCCCACGUCGUUUUGGGUGACUUGGCUGACACAUACGGACCGAUCUUCACCAUCAGGUUAGGCGUGCGUCUAACUCUAGUCGUAAGCAAUUGGGAGAUUGCUAAAGAGUGUUUCACCACCAACGAUAAAGCAUUUGCCAACCGUCCAAGAACUCUAGCUGCAGAGCUCUUGGGCUACAAUUAUGCUAUGUUUGGUUUCAGCCCUUACGGCCCUUACUGGCGCCAAAUUCGCAAGAUAGUGACGCUCGAGGUACUGUCGAACCACCGCCUGGAGAAGCUCAAACAUAUACGAGAAUCCGAGGUUAGGACAUCGAUUAAAGAACUUUACAAGUUAGGGGUUGAGGGCGUAAGCAAUAGUAGUUCAGGAAAGGUGCUUGUGGAGAUGAAGAGAUGGUUUUGGACCUUAAACAUAAACAUGGUUUUCAAGAUGGUUGUAGGGAAGAGAUACUCUGAGGCUGAAACUUCGCACGGGAAAGACGAGAACGAUCGACGCAGAAAAGCCUUCAGGGAUUUCUUUGAACUGACGGGAACGUUCACGGUUGGGGACUCGCUGCCUUUCUUGAGGUGGUUGGAUCUAGGAGGACAUGAGAAGGCCAUGAAGAAGACGGCAAAAGAACUGGACCACAUCCUUGAGGAAUGGUUAGAGGAGCAUAAGCAGAAGAGAAAUUCAGGCAACGCGGAAAGUGAGCAUGACUUCAUGGGCAUGAUGUUGUCGCUUCUUAACGAUGCUGCAGGGCUCCCUAGCUAUGACGCUGAUACAAUCAACAAAGCCACAUGCCUGUCUUUGAUCUUAGCGGCCUCUGAUACAACAAUGGUUACGCUGACAUGGGCUUUGUCUUUACUACUUAACAACCGCAACGCACUGAAAAAAGCACAAGAAGAAUUAGACAUCCAUGUUGGUAGAGACAAACUAGUUGAGGAAUCAGACAUUAAAAAGUUAGUCUACCUUCAAGCCAUCAUCAAGGAAACGCUGCGUUUAUACCCUGCCGCACCACUUUCAGUGCCGCAUGAGUCCAUGGAAGACUGCGUCGUGAGUGGCUACCAUAUCCCUGCAGGCACACGACUUCUCAUCAAUCUUUACAAAAUUCAUCGCGAUCCACAUGCAUGGUCGGAUCCUUGCGAGUUUCAGCCAGAAAGAUUCCUGACUACCUACAAGGAUUUUGAUGUCAGAGGCCAGAACUUUGAGCUGAUCCCAUUUGGAAGUGGUAGAAGAAUGUGUCCUGGAGUUUCCCUUGCGCUCCAAGUGUUGGAGCUGACACUAGCUAAUCUGCUGCAAGGGUUCGAGCUAGGGACUCCUUUAGAUGAACCGGUUGAUAUGGGUGAAGCCAUAGGGAUAACAAACUUGAAGGUCUCUCCCCUCGAAGUCUUGAUUACUCCACGUCUUCCUGCUGUUUGUUAUUAGCUUGAAUGAUUUGCAACAAUAAAGGAAACUUCAGCUUAAUUACUUUUAGGCUAUUAAUGGCUACCAUACCCCUGAAGGCACAGAACUUUUCUUCAAUCUUUACAAAAAUCCAUCGUGAUUUCAAGUUUCAACCACAAA